UUAUACAUUUUUUUCUCCGUUGCCUGCUUGACAUUUUUCCUGUUCCCCAUUUUAACUCAAGCUAAAUUACCCUGUCAUUCGCUGCUGACGCCUUCUCAGCCCCUCUCAGCUGAUUGAUCGAGUGCACAUCCAUAUCCACCGUUGCCCCCCAUCAUCCACCACCACUAAUUCCACUAGGCGGUGGUUCUCGCAUUUUAGCGCCCUUGGAUCCUCUCUUUUCUAUCCCAUCCCAUCCCGUCUUCUCCUUUUGGGUGGUCACCGUUUUCAGCACGCCUCAUUUUCUCUGUCCAGCCGACUACAUCUUUCCCCCAGCUGAGUACUGAGAAUCACCUCUUGUCUCAGCUCUCUCCCUCCAAGCUAUUCAUCAAGCAUUGUCGUGGUUGGAGACCUCGUGAAUCAGUUACGGGUCUCUUAUCGAUUAUUUUAAAUCCCGGAGUUUUUCCAGGUCCUCUCGCGUCUCACUUUCCCUGGUUGUCAGCAAAAUGUCGACUUCUGUUUUGAACACUGCGAGUAGUUGUUGAGCGCUCCUCUUCAAAGUUCGCCUGACGUGAUCGUGUCUCGUUGGGCGAGGCAUUGUCCGUAAUGGAGAAGCUGAACAAUGAAGAUGGACAGCUUUUCAUAAAGAAUCUCGCCAGUUUCCAAAAAUGCAUCCACUCAGUCGAGCUCGUCUACGAGCUCGGCCUCGUCGGCUUUGGCGGCAGCUUGUCAUUCGGUGCCUUGAAAUUCACCUCUCAAACUAUCAAACCCGCUAAACUUACCCUGACCCCUCACCACCUCUUCUAUCUCCUCUCCCGGUUCGAAGAUCUCUCUAUAGCCGUGGGCCCUAUGAAUGUUAGACUGGAGAAUAUUCAUACAGACGUGUCGCAGUCCUAUGUUUCGUUCCUGAAUAAGCCUCAACGGUCCAGGGGCGACAGGGAUUCUAUCCACUCUGUAUCAAGUGUCCGUAGUGUCAUGUCUGGUAUGAGUGCUCUCUGGUCAUCAUUCGGGCUCGGCUCGAAGGACUCCGUCUCCAAGUCAGAGAAGGCCAAAGCAGCCCUAGAAGCAGAUCUUAAAUAUCUAUAUUCUGCUUUCACUAAAAUCCCGUGCUUGCGUCUAGCCCCUGAUCGCCGUGCCCGCCUGAUCCGCGGAUACGAAGAGUUUCCUUUUGAUACCGCCGUCCCUCUCCACUCCUUUAAAAAUUUGGGUGGACUAGAGAUAAUUGAUAUAGACUUUCGCUCGUUCUACGGCUGGGACCGACUAUCUGAGCAACUACGCACCCUUACUGUGAAAAGAGCCAAGCUCGAAGAUCCGGCGGAUCUGUUGACACGGAUAGUGUUGGACGACAUUGACAAGCGCCGGCGGCGAUCGUCGAAGAAUCAGCAAUCGCCUGUCCUGGGGUGGAGUGGGCAUACAUACCCUCAGCCGGUCUACAAGUCCGACCUCUCCGGCUCCAUCUCUGCUCCAGGAUCCCCGGUGGCCGAUACGGCGUUCGGUACCAGCACCAGUCCCCAGGCGGCCCCCAUGCUUAGAUCUUCGAACCUGGCUGCUGGCGGUCUUCCGCCGUCCAAAUGGCAGUUUUUGCGCCAUCUGGGUCUCCCAGACAACUCUUUAACCUCCAUCACGGCCGCCGGGCUAGCUCCGGUCGCUAAUACGCUGUACUCGCUUGAUCUGUCAGCGAAUCUCUUCACCGAAGUCCCGGACAGCCUCGCAACGCUGGUUGCUUUGCGGGCCCUUAAUCUCUCAAACUGCAUGAUAGAAUCUCUCCACUCCCUGUCUCGCAACCCUCUUCCCGCUAUAACCGCUCUUAACCUUCGCGGCAACCGGCUUCGCUCGCUUGCGGGGAUUGAAAGACUACUCUCCCUGGAACGGUUGGACCUCCGAGACAACGACCUGACCGACCCCACUGAGAUUGCCAGACUUACGAGUCUCCCUGAGAUACGGGAGAUUUGGGUGUCUGGAAAUCCUUUCGUGAAAACGCAUUCCGGCUACCGCGUUGUAAUCUUCAAUCUCUUCCGUCGCACUCCGGGAUACUCGGAGGACAUCAUCAUCGAUGGAUCCGGGCCAGGGUACACGGAGAGGAAGCAGCUAGUUGAUCGAGUUGCCGAGCCCGAAGGUACCCCGGUCAUACGAUCAGCUGCCGCGGACCACUCGGCCGUCGUCAGCAAACCAGCCAACACCGCAGGGCCGGGAGCCGCAGCUGCCGGGCCCGUUGAGGGAGAUAAUGGUUAUGCACGACGAACACUACCAAAUGAAUAUGGCGUUGAGUCUACUCGCCGGAAGAAAGGUCAUCGAAGGAGGAUUGUCAACACGUCUGUGGAGAAGGUCUCAACUGAUGGUAAAGAAACCCCAGGUGCGAUGGUGCCUUCUGUCCUUCCUGUUGAGCAUAUCCAAUUACCCGUUGAUCCAUUUGUGACACCGUCUUCCGACCGUCAACGGAGAUCUGAUGGUGGACCUCAGGUCGGAUCUGCGAAAGUUCAAAGCCCAGAAAAGGUCGACAGUGAUCCAGGCGUCUCCAGCCAGCCGAUGAACGAGUCUUUCAUACCUCGGGCAGUCCAGGACUUGGACUGGAACGUGGAUGGAAAGUUCUACCGGCGGCAACUGGAGGCUCUGAAGCACGACGUCGGCAACACCUGGCUCCAUGCGCUGGGAGACCGUGGCUGGGAUCAGCCACCGCGGGACAUCAACGUUCCUCGCACGGGUGUGAACCUUGGGGAUUCAGCAAUUAUCCCAGCGGAGGCACUCACCCGGGCAAACAAUCUGCCCAUUCUGAGCGGAGGCCGACCCUGA